AUGUCAGACUCCGAGGACAUGACGGAGUUCGGCAACAUCGUGGAGCGGAUCGAGCGGGGCGAGAUGCCUCGGAACAGCGGUGUAGUUGCGGUCCCAAUCAAGAACAUUGAGCGGGAGCUGAUCUGCCCAAUCUGUAAGGAGCUCUUCACCCACCCUCUCAUCCUGCCCUGUCAGCACAGCAUCUGCCACAAGUGUGUCAAAGAGCUGCUGAUGCUCAACCACGAGGACUCGUUUGACGCUGGUUCCGAGUGCUCCCUGCCUGGCAGCCCCAGGUCCAGGGUGCCGUCCCCCUCCAUGGAGAAGCUAGACAGGCUUGUGAGAUCAGGUCCUCGGAAACGAAGUGGAAAUACUGGCUCACAAACUGAGAUAAAUCCAGCACUCCUCGCUUCCCCUGUCCCCCAAAAACGUUCCAUUUCAUCUCCAGGGUGGCGCAGGGGGUCUGUGACUCCCCGUAUCACCACCAUCCCAUGCCCAGGCUGCCAGCAUGACAUUGAUCUGGGCGAACGCGGCAUUAGCAUGUUGUUCCGCAACGUCACCCUGGAGAGCAUAGUUGAGCGCUACAGGCAGGCUGCCCGUGCCGCCGUCGCAAUCAUGUGCAACAUCUGCAAACCUCCACAGCAGCAGGAGGCGACCAAGAGCUGCAUGGACUGCAAGGCUAGCUACUGUAACGAGUGCUUCAAACUGCACCACCCCUGGGGCACGCCCAAAGCCCAGCACGAGUAUGUGGGUCCCACCACAAAUUUUAGGCCCAAGGUGCUCAUGUGUCCAGAGCAUGAGAUGGAGAAGGUGAACAUGUACUGUGAAGUCUGCAAACGACCAGUGUGCCACUUAUGCAAGCUGGGGGGGUCCCACGCCAACCACAAAGUCACUUCGAUGAGCAGCGCUUACAAGAUCCUAAAGGAGAAGCUGGCAAAGAGUAUCCAUUACCUCAUCAGCAAAGAAGACCGGGUCAGGACUCAGAUUACCGAGCUCGAACAGCUGAUCAAUCAGACUGAGGAAAAUGGGCAGCUAGCAGAGCGUCAGGCCAACGAGCACUUUGAGCGUCUGUUUGAGACUCUUCAAGAAAGAAAAUCAGAGAUGCUGAAGUCCAUUGAACAAUCUCGUAACAGACGCCUGGAUCAACUGAAAACCCAGAUGGACGAGUACCAGGGUAUGCUGGAGAACAGCGGGCUGGUUGGUUAUGCUCAGGAGGUGCUGAAAGAGACAGAUCAGUCCUGUUUUGUACAAACUGCAAAACAGCUUCAUGUCAGGAUCCAGAAAGCCACAGACUCUCUGAAGACCUUCCAUCCUUCAGCUGACCCCUGCUUUGAUGAGUUUGUGCUCGACACGUCCAAAGAAGAAGCUCUGCUUAAAGAAAUGUGCUUUGGAGGAGUUCCUGAUCCUCCACUGAUUGACUUGUCCCACAGCAAAGUCUACAAUGAUGCAUCAAUCUGCUGGAGGCUGUCUGAUGACCACCUGCCUACUGACCACUACGUGCUCGAGUACCGCAAGCUCGGGAGCUCGAGCCAGUCCUCAUCCCAGGAGGAUGGUGAGGAACAUGGAGCCUGGAGGGCCACAGACCGAGUCUAUGGGUCCAGCACUGUGGUGCACAACCUGGAGUCAAACGGUCUGUACGCCUUCAGAGUUCAGUGCCGCAGGAACUCCAUGCUCAGCCCCUACAGCCCUGAGGUCACCUUCCACACGCCACCUGCACCAGCUUUUGGCUUCCUGUUCAGUGACAAGUGUGGAUUCAGUGCAGAGCGUCUCCUUCUGAACAGUCGACGAGACAUGGUGGAGAGCGUGGCGGGCAUGGCCUUCCUCCUCGCAGCAGAACGAGUGCAGACAGGCAGCUACGUCAGCCUGGAUUACAUAAUUGGGGACACUGGCAUCUCUCAGGGAAGACACUAUUGGGCCUUUAAGGUGGAACCGUCCUCUUAUGUGGUUAAAGUUGGAGUGGCGUCGGACACCAAGCUGCUUGAAUGGUUUCACAGCCCAAGAGAUACCAGCAGCCCGAGGUAUGACCAUGACAGUGGACACGACAGCGGCAGCGAGGACACGUGCUAUGACCUCUCCCAGCCUUUCACCCUCCUCACCCUGGGCAUGGGCAAACUCUUCAUCCCUAAGACAUCUUCCUCCUCCUCAGUGUCCAGCGCCAACGCAUCGUCUGGUGACCCAGGGAAUCGCAUGCUGCCCAUGCCGCAGCGUAUCGGCGUAUGCUUGGAUUACGACGCUCAGCGAGUGUAUUUCUAUGACGCCGACACCAUGAGGUGCCUUUACGAGAGGCAGGUGGACUGUUCAGGAACCAUGUAUCCGGCUUUUGGCCUUAUGGGCAGCGGGAAGGUUCAGCUGGAGGAGUUCAUCACUGCUAAGAAACUAAUUUUCUGAGGGGA